AUGGAGCCGGAACCCGGGCGCCAGAGCACCGAAGCCGCCGCGUCCGAGCCACGUCCCCGACAGCGGCUUCCCCGGGGCGGGGAGGAGGCCCCGGCCAGCGCCUCGCCCUCGGCCCUGCCCCAGGGCAGCCCAGCCCCCUCCCCAGGACACCCACUCCACAACCCUCCGCCCCCGGGGCCCUUCCCCGGGCCCUCCCCGCUGCCCCGGGAGGGGUCACAGGAGCAGCCCGGCCCCCCGGCCCCGCUGCCGCCGGGCCCCGCGUUCAUGGCUCCCGGCGCCCCGGCGGGGCCGGCCUGGCCGCCGGUGGACGCGGCGAGGCCGGAGGGUUCGGGCUCCUUUCCGCACGGCCAGCUGCUCCCUGCCCGCCCGCCGCAACUCCUGCCCGCCGGGGACCCGCCAGCCCUGGCGAAGGCCUUCGCGCCCCGCCCGGCGCAGGCCGGCCCCCGGGCUCCCGAGGACGGGCCCCGCAGGGAGAAGAAGCCCCCGAAGCCCGGCAAAUACAUCUGCCAGUACUGCAGCCGGCCGUGCGCCAAGCCCAGCGUCCUGCAGAAGCACAUCCGCUCGCACACCGGGGAGCGGCCCUACCCCUGCGGCCCCUGCGGCUUCUCCUUCAAGACCAAGAGCAACCUCUACAAGCACCGCAAGUCCCACGCCCACCGGAUCAAGGCGGGGCUGGCCGCGGGCGCCGGGAUGCACCCGCUGGACUUGGAGGCGGAGCGGGCCGGCGGGGAGGACCUGGAGGAGCCCACGGAGGGCGAGAGCAGCGACUCGGAGGAGGAGGCGGCGGGGCCGGCCGACCCACCGUCGCGGCCCGGACCCCGCUUCCCGCCCGCCGGUCUGCGCGGCGGCCCCCAGGCCCCCGCCAGCGAGCCCCAGCCCCCCGAGGGCGGCGCCCCGGGCGGGGAGGCCCCCGCCGAGGCCCCGCCGGCGGCCCCCAAGCCCGAGGACAGCCACUCGAUCAAGCAGAAGCUGGCGCUGCGCCUGAGCGAGCGCAAGAAGGCCGUGGACGAGCAGGUGGUGUUCCUGAGCCCCGGCAGCAAGGGCAGCACGGAGUCGGGCUACUUCUCCCGCUCCGAGAGCGCCGAGCAGCCGCAGCCGCCGCAGCUCAGCCCGCCCAGCGCCAGCGCCAAGUCCUACGCCGAGAUCAUCUUCGGCAAGUGCGGGCGCAUGGGCCAGCGCGGGGCGGCCGGGCUGGCGGGGGGCCCGGCGCCCGCCUUCGGCCCCCUCUCCGCCUCGGCCUCCGGGGCCGCCGCCGACAAGCCGGGCCUGGGGCCGCUGCCGCCGCCGCUGUCCGUGCCGCGGACCCAGGUGAUCGAGCACAUCACCAAGCUCAUUACCAUCAACGAGGCGGUGGUGGACACCAGCGCCAUCGACAGCGUCAAGCCCCGGCGCAGCUCGCUGUCCCGGCGCGGCAGCCUGGAGGCCCCGAAGCCCGGCGCCCUCCGGGCCGCCCCGAAGCACGAGCCGCUCCCGCCGCUGCCCCCGCACGGCCCCCCCGAGGCCGCCCCGCUCCUCCGCAGCCACUCGCUCCCCUCGGCCGGCUGCCCCCGCAGCGCCCCGCACGCCUUCCGCGGCAGCUACUCCUUCGACGACCGCGUCGCGGCCUCCAGCGCCCCGCGCCGCGGCUCCUUCUCCCACCCGCGCACGCUCAAGCGCCAGCCCGCCUUCGAGCUGCCCCCGGGCGGGGAGUCGGGCCCGGAGGAAGCGGGCGGCGGCGGAGGCCCGGGGAGCAUUGCCGGCGGAGGCCCGGGGAGCACGGCCGGCGGAGGCCCGGGGAGCACGGCCGGCGGAGGCCCGGGGAGCACGGCCGGCGGAGGCCCGGGGAGCGGCGGCGGCGGCGAGCCCGGGGGCGACGGCGAGCCGGGGGGCGACGGCGGCGGGCCGGUCGGAGGCGAGGGAGCCCGCCGAAGCCGCAGGGGAGGCCGCGCGCGGGGGCUGCCCCACCAGUGCCACGUCUGCGGCGCCCGCUACAAGAAGAAGGACAACUUCAAGGCCCACAAGAAAUACUACUGCCCGGAGCUGCCGCCGCCCCGGCCGCCCGCCGCCCCCGGCUUCCCGGACCCCGACGGCCGGUCCUCGGGGGCACCGCCGAGGCCGGGCGCCGCCCCGGAGCUCGUCCCCCUGCGGAAGCGCCGCAAGGAGAAGAGCCUGGGGGACGAAGAGGACCCCCCCGGCUCGCCCCGCUUCCACCUGGCCCAGCCUCAUCCCGCCGGGACCGGGCCCAGCAGCGCCUUCGCCCGGCCCGCGCCCUCCGCCUCGGCCCCCGCGCCCACCGCCUCGGCCCCCGCGCCCACCGCCUCGGUCCCCGCCCCCGCUCCGGCCCCCAGCCCGGCCCGCGCCACCCCCAGGGCCCCGGUCGAGCCCGGGCCGCCGGAGCCCGGCCGGGACCGCCGCCCCGCGGCCAAAGAGAUCUCGGUCAUCCAGCACACCCGCUCCUUCGAGAAGGCCGAGGCGCCCGAGCGGCCGGCCGCAGGGGAGGGCGCCGAGCGGCCGGCCGCCAGCCUCGGCCCGCAGCCCCGGCUGGUCCGGCAGCCGCACAUCCAGGUCCCCGAGAUCCUGGUGACCGAAGAGGAGCCCGAGCGGCCGGCGCGGGCGCCCGAGCCCCCGCCCCCCGCCCCGGACCCCGACCGCCCCGACCGCCCCGACCGCCCGGCCGAGGAGUUCCAGUGGCCCCAGAGGAGCCAGACGCUGGCGCAGCUGCCCGCCGAGAAGCUGCCGCCCAAGAAGAAACGCCUGCGCCUGGCCGAGAUGGCUCAGUCCUCGGGCGAGUCCAGCUUCGAGUCCGGCUCCCUGCCGCGCAGCCCCAGUCAGGAGAGCAGCGUGUCGCACGGCUCCAGCCGCUCGGCCUCCUUCGAGCGGGACGAGCCCCCCGAGGGCGCCCCCAAGCCCUUCGGCUCCCACAUGCUCACCGUGCCCGGUCCGCAGACCCCGCGGCCCCCGCCCCCCGCCCCUGCGCGGGAGAUGCGGCGGUCGGCCUCCGAGCAGACCCCCGACGUGGCCCACUCGUCCCGGGUGGCCGAGGCGCGCAGCAAGUCGUUCGACUACGGGAGUCUGUCGGGGCCGGGGCCGGGGCCGGGGCCGGGGCCGGGGCCGGGGUCGGGGUCGGGGCCGGGGCCGGGGUCGGCGGCGAGGUCGGGCGCAGGGGGCGGGGGCGGCCCGGAGAGGCGCAGGGGCCUCCUGGUGCGGCAGGCCCCCCUGAGCCAGCCGCCCGAGCCCGAGCCCGAAGCCGCCGGACCCCGCGGCCGCCCCGACGCCGAGGACCCUUCGCCGCCGCCCCCGCCGCCCCCGCCGGCCCCGGCCUAUGCCGAGCGGCCGCAGGGGCUCUACCCGGCGCCGGCGCCGCCGCCCCCCCUGCGCGACGAGCCCUACCCGCCGCCCCCGGGCCCCCUCUUCUCCUUCCAGCCCCUCGGCCCGCAGCCGGGCCCAGCCGGGAGGCUCCUGCCCCCUCCAGCCGGGGCCGCCUUCCAACCGCCGCCGCCGCCGCCCGCCCCUUACCCGUUCCUGCCCGGGACCGGCGGCCCCGGCUCCUCGCCUUUCCCUCCGGGCUUCUUCUUGCCUCUCCCGGGCCCCUUUACCCUCCGGCUGCCCGGAGACGCCGGCAGCCCACCGCCCCCGCGAAAACCCAGCCCACCCUCCCCGACGGGGGCCGGGACACUGCCCCCCGGGGCCGCAGCCAGCUGGCAGCGCGUCGGAGCCCGGCCUGGCAGCCCCCCGGCGUCGGGACCGGGACCCGGACCGGGGCCGGGGCCGCCGGGUAGACUGAUCCGCCCGGGCCUGGCGGGGCCCGUGGCCGUCCCCGUCCGGGUCCAGAUCAGCGUGCCGAACUACGGGAGCGUCGUUUACACCACCCUGGCCCAGAGCCGAGCGCCGCGGGCCCCGGGCGGCCCGGGCUCUGGGCUCCGGCUCCGACUCCCGGGGGCCGGCCUCGUCCCGGCCGGCGGCGGGGCCCUGCCGGGGAGGGCGGCCGGCCCCGGGCUGGAUCCGGUGCCGGUCUCGUUCCUGCGGGUGCCCGAGCGGAUAGGCCCCGCCACGCAGCCGCCGGCAACCGCCCUGGGUCCGGAGACCGGUCCGCCCCCCGCGGGGGGCAGCAAGCGCCUGCUGUCGCCGGCCGGCAGCCUGGAGCUGGACCUGGAGCUGGACGCCGAGGCCCGGCAGCAGAAGCGGGUGAAGGAGGAGGGCGCCGGGCCCGAGGUCGGGGUCGGGGCCGAGGCGAUGCUGGGGCCUCCCGAGCCGGGCGUCAGCGACCUCGGGGCGCGACCGGGAACGUCCGGUUUGGAGGAGGGCCGGGACCCGAGCCGAGGGGCCUCCGACCGGCCCCCCCGCCCGCCCCUUCCCCCGCCCGCCCCGGCCGACCCCGGGACGCCGCCCCCCGCUCCCGGCCCUUCGGGUCCCGGCGCCGAGGAAAGGACUUGGCCCCCGGGGCUGCACACCGCCACGAGCGUCUGCUGGUGCUACCUGGACCGGGCUCUGCCGAGCCCCUCUCCGCAGGCCGCCCGGCGGGCCUCGCUCUCUGCCGCCUGGUGCAUCGGCCUGUACAGCCCCAACCUGCCCGGGGUGCCCACCAGGACGGCUCUGGCCCUCCUGCGCUCCCGCCAGAUGCGGACCCGGGAGCUCUACACCACCGCCAACACACCCCAGGGAGAGGCCCCUCUGCGCGUCCCGGACAGCUCCCCGACACCCAAGGUGACCGAGGUGCACCUGCCAUCCGGUGGGCCCCGGCAAGGCGGGGUCACAGAGGAGGAAGAGGAGGAAGAGGAGAAGAGGGGGAAGGCGGAGGUCACCGUCGCGUCUGUCACCACGAGGGGUGACCCCGUGAGGAUCAAGAUCUUCGAAGGAGGGUACAAAUCAAACGAGGACUAUGUGUACAUCCGCGGCCGCGGCCGAGGAAAGUAUGUGUGUGAGGAGUGUGGCGUGCGCUGCAAGAAGCCCAGCAUGCUGAGGAAACACAUCCACAGCCACAGCGACGCCCGGCCCUUUGUCUGCGACCACUGUAACUUUGCCUUUAAAACCAAAGGGAAUCUGACUAAGCACAUGAAGUCCAAGGCUCACGGCAAAAAGUGUCAGGAGCUGGGGGUGUUGGUGGAGCUGGAAGCUGAAGAAGGAGCCAGCGAGGACCCACUCCAGGAUGCUGAGGGGAGGCCAGGGCUCCAAGUUUCUGAUCUGGAGGACUCGGAUGUGGAACCGGAUGCGGAGGAGGAGGAGGAGGAGGCGGAGGAGGAGGAGGAGGAGGAAGAGGGCGAGGAGGAGGAGGAAGAGGAGGAGGAAGAGGAACCCUCUGCCCUGCUCCCAGAAUUGGCCCACUCCCACCCUCCCGCAGGCUCCCCACCAAGGCCCACUCCACCCUGCCAGGCCGUGCUCUCGCCCCGAGGAGGCAGCAGUGAAGCUGCAGCCGCUCACGGGCACCCCGGCGCCCGCAGGCCGGGCCCGACGUCCGAGUCCCCGACCUCGGCCUGCUGCGACUCCACCCCCUGCCACCCAGCGCGGAGGACACCUGACCAGCCGGACCCGCCGGACCGGCCCACGCUCCCUCAGAGACUCGCCACCAAAAAUCACCCUUCACCCCGGUGCGAGGCCCAGCCCGGGGAGACAUCUGCCGGGUGCCCUUUGCCACGUCUCCAGACGCUUCUCCUGCCCCGAAGCCCCGCGAGCCCGGGGCCCCUGCCCCCGUACCCCCUGCCCCUGCAGGGAGGGCUCUGUCCCCAGCAGCCCCCAGGCCCUGGAGGAGCUGGCUUCCUCGGCCCUGGAGCCACGGUCCGAGCCCCCGGAUGUGUCGAGCGAUGGUCGGCCCUGCCCUUGCCUACACCCCUACCUCACUGGCACCUCGGUCGGACUCCGGGCACCUGCUGGCUCAGGCCGCCGCCACCGCUUCCAAAGCCCGAGCCCAGGAGCCCCCCCCGGACCCCGGACCCCCCGACCUCUGUCACGCCCGACCCCGCGGCGGCCUUCCACGACCCUCCGGCGGCCCCCCACGACCUCCCGGCCUCCCUCCACGACCUCCCGGCCGCCCUACGCGGGCCCCCGAGCGUCUACAGCCACCUGCCCCGGCACUCCUGGCCGCCCCUUGCUCCGGUCGCCCACGGGCUGCGGGGCCUCCUCCCGCAGGCGCUGAGGACGAGUGGGCGUGCGGAGGACGGAGCCGGCCCCUGCCCCGCGCCCCUCGCCGCCCAGGCCCCCCUCCCGGCCCCCGCGGUGGGCGGGGAAGGGCCCCGUGGCCCCCGCAGCCCCUACCCUCCCGCGCCCCGCACUGUGGCCCCGGCCCCAAGCGGGGCCGCCCCUCCCAGCGAAGCGGGGGACCCUGUGCGGGGCGCGGGGUACCGGGGCCCGGAGGAAACGUGA